UACUAAAAACUACUUGCCUGCCAUUUAGCGUGUAUUCAUUAAGCACAAAAAGUAAAUAGGGUAAAUACAAAUCAAAACCAAACGUCAAACAGCUACCCUGGACUGAAAAUUGUUUUGUGCUCAACACUUUUCAACAAUCGCUUCUAUUUCUCAAGUUAUUAAUCGAAUACGUUAACGUCGUGAAAGUUUUAUUCUCCUUGGGCAGCAGAAUGAAUCUUCUAAAUUGUUGCAGACUUUGUUUAGUAGAUUUAGUCACAACUGUUGACAACGAGGAACCUUAUUAUUGUUUAUUUGGAACAACUAUAGAUGAUCGGCCACUGCCAGAUUUGGUAGAAGAUUACUUCGGUAUCGUGAUUACGGAGGAUGAAAAAGUGAACAAGAUAUGCGAAUCAUGCUACAGCGACGUGCAUAACGUCUUCAAGCUGAAAAAUCGAAUUCUACAGGCUGAUGCCGCUAUAAAGAGUUUUUAUCGUAAGCUAGAAUUCGAACAUGAGGAAAGCUCGGCGGAAACCGAUGAUGAACAAAACAGCAUUAGAGUUGAAUACAAUUUCCCCGACACGGAAAUUAAAGUUGAACCUGAUUUGUUUCUCGAGAUGAGUAUUAAUGAUACCCCAGUAGAGGAGGUCAAAAGAAAAAUAAAAUCGAAUCCUAAAGGAGACGAACUGAAACAACCGCCACCUCAACCUCGUCGUAAGCGUAGGCGUAAAGGAAGCAAAUCCAAUGAUAAGAAGUGUUUCACCUGCUAUAUUUGCACUACGGAUUUCGAAACACUGGAACAGCGGGAUGAUCAUUUAACGACACACAUUGGACUUGUUUCACCAGUUUGUACCUUUUGCAACGAAGAGAUAUCGACAAUACGUCAUUUGAAUAUGCAUCUUCAACGGACUCAUUAUAGGACAGGGGACCGGAUCCCUUGCGAAGAGUGCAAACGAAACGGUGUUACGAGGGAGUUUUCAUCAACACUUUUUUUACAGAACCAUGUAAAAAGAUUUCAUGAAGGUAUUAAAGAAGUGCCGGAAAAAAAAUUCGUAUGCUCUUAUUGCGGAAAAAAAUUCAGCAGAGCAUCUACCUUGAGACUACACGAAAAUAUUCAUACGAAGGCUGUUUUGUUCAAAUGCAGAUAUUGUACAACAUUCGUGGGUAGUUCUAGAGGUGGGCUGAUUAGACAUGAACGCAUUCAUACUGCCGAAAAACCUUACAAAUGUGAUGAAUGCGAUGCUCGAUUUACGCAAUCAAAUGGACUAACAAUGCACAAAAAGUACCGUCACACUGACGAACGACCAUUUUCAUGUGAUCUGUGCGAUGGGAAGGCUACCUUUAAAUGUAAGUACACGCUUCGAAAACAUCUUCAGAGCCAUGAAACUUCUGGGGAAUCUAGAGACGGUAGGAGGAAAGAUGCCGUGAUAGCACCAGCCUCUGAACCAGAGUUAAAGUGUAACUUCUGUCCUGCUGUUUAUAGCUUGGAAGUACGCCUGUGCAGACAUAUUUUAGCUAAACAUCCAUCCGAAAAUGUUCCAAUGAUUCAGUGCGAACAGUGCGCUGAAGCUGGUAGAAAGACUUUUUUCAUAACAGAAAGAGUUAAAAACAUCCACAUCGGGAACCAUUUGAAAAACCCACUCAAAGAAGAAAUCCGCAAGGAGCGUCGGUGUAGAGACUGUCCAGCAGUUUUUGAAACCAUCGGGGAGCUCAAAAGACAUCGUGAAACUCACGUCAUUCACGCUUGCAAAGAGUGUGGCAAAACGUACAAAAGACAAAAGAGUUUGCGCUUGCACUAUCGUUCGGUACAUUUUGCGUCCCGUCCGUAUAAAUGUGACAAGUGUGAUGCAGCGUACGGUCAAUUCACGCAACUGACAGCACACAUGAAGAAGCAUCAGUAGGUAAAAGAGUUUGGAAAUUGUUUUGGUAGCUUGCGGCUAUUUGUUGUACUGCUUAAAAAUAAAUAAUACUUAAAAAUCUACCAAAGUUUGAAAUUGUAGUGAAACAAGUUCAGAAUUAAACAUAAAACUAAUUGAGUUAUAAAUCCUCCUCACAUAGGAGACUACCGAGGUCAGAGUAGGAAGGACUAAAACAUAGAUAUCUAACUCUCAUAGUCUCCCUUGGCUCUCAUAUGCCACUCGGGAGCACGUGUCCUUGGUCUGUUGAAGCUGAUACACAUUUGCGGCUCCAUCUCGUUGUCAUUAAUUUUUUCAUUCAACUAGUUCCAGCUCCAACAAGUUUGUUAGUUAAUUUUUAACCUUGCAGAAAAAAAAUCAUUUUUAAUCAUAAAAAAAAAUAUAUGGAACUCUCAAACAAAAAGUAAGUGUGCUACAGGAUUUUCUUGCCGAAGCGCAUAAAAUGUGUAGUUUAAAUGUAACACCGUUUUCUCAUUAUUAUAUAUCAGUUACAAGGUGUGUAAUUUUCUGAGCAAAACGUGGUUUUCAGAAAAUUCUUUUUUGUCCUUCGAUUUUUAAAUGAAGAAUAAAAAUUGCUCGAAAUCUGUUGAAUGCAUUGAAUGACAGUUGGUACAUAGACGAACUGUCAUUCAAUGGAUUUCAAGCCGUUUUAUUUGUGAUUUAAGGACAACGAUACAUAUAUUUUUUUUUUUUAAUUACGUUUUGUUCAGAAAACGCAGCUUUUUAAGAUGAUAUAUAAAAACUUAUAUAUCGAAGCGACCAAAUUGUAUCACUCCAUUUAAAAAAGAAAUCAUAUAUGUACAUCGAAUGAAUUUAUUGUGUACACUAAAUAUUAUCGUUUUCUUUUGAAAAGGCUAAAUUUACAGCCAUUAUACCGAUUCUAGUGAAUAAAUACCUUUGAAAAUUUUCACGACCCUAUUCUGCUUACCUUCAAUUUAGCGUGUUUUCUUUUAGCACAAGGUUAAUAGAAAACCUUGCUUUCAGUGGAGAAACGUCAUACAGAUAACCCGAAAAGAAAACUGUUUUGUGCUCAAUACUUUUUGCAAUCGGUUUUAUUUCUCAAUUUAUUAAUGGAAUACGUGAACGUUGUAAAACUUUCGGUUACCCCGGCCAGCAGAAUGAAUCUACUGAAUUCUUGUAGACUGUGUUUAAUAGAUUUAGUCACAGCUGAUGACAACGAGGAGCCUUAUUAUUGUGUGUUUGGAACAACUAUAGAUGAUCGGCCGCUGCCAGAUUUGGUAGAAGAUUACUUCGGUAUUGUGAUUACGGAGGAUGAAAAAGUGAACAAAAUAUGCGAAUCUUGCUACAGCGACGUGCAUAGCGUCUUCAGGCUGAAAAAUCGAAUUCUACAGGCUGAUGCCGCUAUUAAGAGUUUUUAUCGCAAGUUAGAAUUCGAACAUGAGGAAAGUUCGGCGGAAACCGAUGAUGAACAAAACAGCACUGUCGAAGACAGUUUCCCCGAAACAGACGAAGAAGUCAAGGUUGAACCGGAUUUCUUUCUUGAGAUUAAUAGUAAUGAUACCCCAGUAGAGGAGGUCAAAAGUAAAAUAAAAUCUAAUCCUAUAACAGACCAACAAAACCAACCGUCACCUAAAUUUCGUCGUAAGCUUAGGCGUAAAGCAAGCAAACCCAAUAAUAUGAAAUGUUUCACCUGUUACAUUUGCACUACGGAUUUCGAAACACUGGAACAGCGGGAUUGUCAUAUAGCGACGCACAUUGGACUAGUUUCACCAGUUUGUACCAUUUGCAACGAAGAGUUAUCGACAAUGCGUUAUUUGAACAUGCAUCUUCAACGUACUCAUUACAGGACAGGGGACCGAAUUCCUUGCGAAGAGUGCAAACAAAACGAUGUUACGAGGGAGUUUUCAUCAACACUUAGUUUACAGAACCAUGUGAAAAAAUUCCAUGAAGGCAUUAUAGAAGUGCCGGAAAGAAAAUUCGUAUGCUCAUUUUGUGGAAAAAAAUUCAACAGAGGAACCAGCUUAAGACUACACGAAAAUACCCAUACAAGAGCUGUUUCGUUCAAAUGCAGAUAUUGCACAACAUUCGUGGGUAGUUCUAGAAGUUCCUUACUUAGACAUGAACGCAUACAUACUGCCGAAAAACCUUACAAAUGUGAUGAAUGUGAUGCUCGAUUUACGCAAUCAAAUGGACUAACAAUGCACAAAAAGUACCGUCACAGUGACGAACGACCGUUUUCAUGUGAUCUGUGCGUUGGCAAGGUUAGCUUCAAAUGUAAGUACACGCUUCGAAAACAUCUUCAAAAUCAUGAAGCUUCCCGGAAAAACAAGAACAGCGUGAGCAGAACUACCGUGAUAGCACCAACCUCUGAACCAGAGUUAAAGUGUAACUUCUGUCCUGCUGUUUAUAGCAUGGAAAUCCACCUGUGCAAACAUAUUCUAGCUAAACAUCCAUCCGAAAAUGUUCCAAUGAUUCAGUGCGAACAGUGCGCUGAAGCUGGUAGAAAGACUUAUUUCAUAACAGAAAGAGCUAAAAACAUCCACAUCGGGAGUCAUUUGAAAAACCCACUCAAAGAAGAAAUCCGCCAGGAGCGUCGGUGUAGAGACUGUCCAGCAGUUUUUGAAACCGUCGGGGAGCUCACAAGACAUCGCCAGACUCACGUCAUUCACGCGUGCAAAGAGUGUGGCAAAACAUUCAAAAGAUCAUCUAAUUUGCGCUUGCACUAUCGUUCGGUACAUUUUGCGUCCCGUCCGUAUAAAUGUGACAAGUGUGAUGCAGCGUACGGUCAAUUAGGGCAACUGACAGCACACAUGAAGAAACAUCAGUAGGCAGAAGUAUUUGGAAAUUGUUUUGAUAGUAGGCUAUUUUUUGUACUGCUUAAAAAUAAAUAAUACCUGAAAAACUACCAAUGUUUGAAACUGUAGUGAAACAUGUUCACAAUUAAACAUAAAACUAAUUCGGUUAUUAACCCUUUUCACAAAGAAGACUACCGAGGUCAGAGUAGGAAAGACUACAACAUAGAUAUAUAAUUCCUAUAGUCU